GAAACUCGGUGCAAACAACGUUCGCUCGCUUCCAACUCCCUUAGAUUUCCGAUAUCGUCUUCGAGGAAACGCGGCGCAAAUCGAUUCACGAUAAUCGCCGCAUUUCCCGGUUUCGAACGGAUCGCGCCGAUCACGCGUCGCGCAGCCAACUUCACCGCGAAAUUAACAACGUCGCGUCCGUCAUCCCGGCGAAGUGGCGUACGUUCGUCCGCGAAUGGACGCGCGUUAUCGCACGAUACGUCACAUAUCUAUAGCAUUGCACAUAUUUGCUCCGUUGAAGUCUGAACCCGGUUUCGAAUCGACUGUUUCGACGGCCGAUUGGCAGAUAUCCGGGAGACAAAUCAAAAGCAAUAAUGGAUUUCCAGAAGAAUGUAGUAUCCUCGGAUAGCGCUGAUGUUGUAUCUCAACCAGAAAUCAUGAGCAACUUGGAAAGUAAGAAUGAUAAUGAAAGUCAUAUCAUCGAAGAUGUUUCAGAGAAAGAUACAGAUAAUAUUGAAAAUCAUAUUGAAGAAGUUGUAGAAGCAGAUAAGAAUAAUAUUGAAAGCUGUAUUGAAGAAAUUUCAGAAAAAAAUAAAGAAUCUCAACUACAGUCAACUGCAGAUAAACAUAUUAUAGAAGUGCACAAUGAAGAAAAUAAGGAAGAAACUGAAGUGGCAGUAACCUGUGAAAAAGAUUCUAUUUUAUCAAAUACAGAAACUAGUGAUCUUGUGACAGGUUUGGAAACUAGUGAUCUUGUGACAGGUUUGGAAACUAGUGAUCUUGUGACAGAGUCAGAAACUACUGAAGCAGGCGAUAACAUGGAAGUUGAAGCAUUAUUGCCCAAAAAUAAUAGUGAAACUAUAUCAAUUAAAGAAAAUUCUUGUAAAAAGGACAUGGCUCAUGUAGAUACAGAAAUGACGAUAUUAAGUAUAGACAAUGUAACCAAAGAACAUGAUACAGAAGAAUCAUCGAUUCUUGAAGAGCCAUCGAUUCUCGAAAAUUCGUACAAAAUUCCAUGUAAUACUGAGAAUGACUCUGUGAAAUCAACCAAUGAUAAUGUCACAAACGAAUCCGAAACUAAAAAAAUUAAUGAGUCCUUAUCUAAAGAAAAAACUAAAGAUUGUGAUAUUCCAGAUGAAUCAAGCAGUAAUGCAGAUGAUGUGCAAAUAUCCCAGAAGGAAGAUGUAACAUCGAAAAAAAUAGAAUCGGAAUCUUCGGACAGUAAUUUAGAAAAUCCUGACAAGGAUCCGUCUGAGAAGAAUAUUGAACCUGAAAACACAGAAUUCAUACAAUUCUCCCAUGAUAAACACGAUGAUUCUCAAAUCGAAGGUCAAUCCAUAGAUGCGGAAGAUCCAUUCGGCGGUGAUAAUCUUACUUCUGAGAAUAUAGAACAAGCAGAGCAAGAAACCGAUCUUGCUGAGAAUGCACUCAGCUUUAAAAAAUUAUAUGAGCAGGGCAAUAAUAUGCAGGAUGCGAUGCAGGUAGAUACUAGAGAUAGCGAUUGUAACGAGAAACUUAAUGAGAGUUCAUUAAACAAUUCAAAGGAUACCAACGUUACUAAAAUUGUGGACAAUAUUACCGAAGCAUCAAGUAAUGUACAAACUAUCAUUGGAUCUCUCGACAACGCAUUAAUAGAUACUAAUGUUCCCAGUACUUCAUCCAAAACAAAUACGGAGAGUACGUUAACAAAAUCGGCUGAUGAACAAAAUGAUCAAGCCAAGAAAAGUCUCAUAGAAAUUACAUCAAUGGAAACAGAUGAAGAGCAAACUGAUGUAUUACCCGGACAAGAUGAUGAGUUAUGUAUUAUUCCAGAUAGUAUGAAAGUAAUAAUACCAAAUAAAUCAAGUAAACCGAUAGACAAUGAGCAAAGCGAAUCUGUAUCUACCGACUCCAAACACGAAGAAACAACGCAGAAAGACAGCAAACUUAAUUCCGAACUCGAUAAAAAUAUUCUACAAGAUGUAUCCAAGUCAGCGAUUACAACUGAAAAUACAGUAGAAAAUAUAUCGAUCAUUAAAGAUGAUGAUAAGCCAGCGACAGAAAAUUCAGUUCCAGCCACGGAUGUUAUUAAUAUCGACGAUGAGUCAAAAAAUUCAGAAGUUGAAGAAAUUCAUAAUAAAGAGGUAUGUAAGCAGUGUGGCGAAGAAAGAGUAUGCAAAAUUCGAGUGAAGCUUGGUACAGAAAGUCAUCUUGUAUGCUCGAAAACAUGUAGAGCAUUAUUUAAAGCAGCUAAUAAUAAAGCAGUCGAUAUACCUAACAAGGGAGUCAAUUCUAAACAAGAGAAACGUUGUGCAACUUGUUUAUUAAUCAUAGAAGUGAAUGAUGAACGAAAUCUUUCAUGGGAAACAAUGGAGUUCUGCAACGAAGAAUGUUUGGGGAAAUUCCAAAGAAAAUAUGGAAGUUUCUGUAAGAAUUGUAAUGGUGCAGUUCAAGCUGUGAGUUUAGGCAAAUAUUGCGUAAGAUUUGGAUGUGACGUGAGACAAUUUUGUUGUUCGACGUGUUUAGAAGAAUUCAAAAAGGGUUUGAAAGUGUGCAGUUACUGCCAAAAAGAUAUAAGUUUCAGCACAGAAGGUUUUCUUGCACCAGUCGGGGAGAAAGGACAGUUUAAGGACUUUUGCACUCAGGACUGUAUGGAAAAAUAUUCGAAAUUGAAUUCUACAGAACCUCCUGCUGCGGAAAAAAAGCCAUGUAGUGUCUGUAAGGAGGAAAAAGUUGUACAUUGUGAAGUUCAGAUAUACAAUAGCGUUCCAAUAGCUAUAUGCAGCGAACCCUGUUUUGCUGCAUUUAAAUUUGUAAAACAAGUCAAACCUGAGCAAUGUUCUACUUGCAAGAAAUUUUUUGAAUUACCAAAUAAACAACAUUUUAUUGUUUUUUAUGAAAAUAAGCCUCAUACAUUUUGUAACAAAACAUGUUUAAAUAUAUUUAUUAUAACAAAUAGGAAAAUAGUUCCAUGUAACUGGUGUAAAGUAAAAAAAUAUAACUUUGAUAUGAUCAAGAAGGAAUUGAAAACGGGACAAAUUUUGAUGAUGUGCAGUUUAAAUUGUUUGACAUUAUAUCAGGUUUCCAUUAAUGCAGUAUCUGCAAAACGUAUUAACUGUGAUUUAUGUAAGGAGUAUUCCUUAGCGCAUUAUCACCUCACAAUGUCAGACGCGACAAUACGUAAUUUUUGUUCAUACAACUGUGUCAUGAAUUUUCAAGCACAAUAUACCAAAUCCCCAAUAACAAUACCAUCGAGCGACGAUCCCGUGCCUACAGGCUUGCCCAAGAGAACAUUACCACAGAGAAGUACGAGUCAGGCUGUUCCCAAUGAGAUGCAAAAUAAGAAGAUUAUGCCUGUUAUCUCAUCGGUAACGAGUCUAGCUACGAUAGGGAAUGGACAAGCGAGUCCAACAUCUCAGCAAAACAAUAUGGUAAUGCCUACAAGCUCGGGUAAAACAACGCAAUUGAUCUGCAAACAGGUCAUUACUAGGCCGCCUAGUCCAGUACAGAUGCACAAUAAGAUGACUCAGUGUAAACCUGUGGUACAUACGAAAGGAGUUUCUGUACGUCCUCAUCCUUGUACAAAAUCAACGCAAACAACGGAAAACAUUGAACAAGUCAUCGUACCUAUACCGGUACCAAUUUACGUACCGUUUCCGAUGCAUAUGUACAGCAUGCCUUUUCCGGUUCCGAUGCCUUUUCCACUGCCAAUUCCCGUUCCUCUGUUUAUACCUACUACAAGAAAUAGUGCUAAAGGAAUUAUGAGAGAUAUAAAAAAAAUACAAGAGAAGAUACCAGCCGAUCCGUACGAAGCUGAACUUCUUAUGAUGGCAGAAAUGGUAGCUACUGAGAAAAAGGCCAAUGAUAGUGAUUCCGAUUCUGUGGACGACAGGGAAGAUGACACAGCUGAUCAAGACAAUUCAAAUAGUGAUGGUUUCAGUCCGGAAGCGGUUGAUUCCAGUAAUACAUUCGGAGAUGACAUGUUGCAAAUGGCGUUAAAAAUGGCCACGGGAGAAUUGGAUGAGCCAGCAGUCGAUUUGGAAGCUGCCUUGACGCCAAACACGAUUACAGCUACGCAGGCACCGCCACAACCAGAAAAUGUUUUGGACAACGACGUGCAAUCGGAACGAUUAAUGGUCGCCUCUAGAGGAAGAAAACGUGUACUGCCAUACAAACCACGAUCAACACCGACCAAACGAAUGAGACGCGUCUCUGGUGCAAAUGACAUGCCAUUGAUGCCACCACCGGAACCACAGCCACCCCCGCAACCACGUAUCAUGGAACCGGUUGAAAAACCUGAUGCCAAUAUGGCGUUAAAAUAUACAUUUGGCGUAAAUGCAUGGAGACAAUGGGUAAUUGGAAAAAACGCUGAAUUAGAAAAACAAAUUACACCGACGAGGAAAAUAAAAUUGUUCAAAACAGAUCUCUUACAACUCACUGCAGAUGAGUUAAAUUAUUCUCUAUGCCUAUUUGUGAAGGAAGUAAGGAAACCGAAUGGUGCAGAAUAUGCUCCUGAUACGAUAUAUUAUCUUUGCUUAGGAAUACAACAAUAUCUAUUUGAGAAUAGUAGGAUCGAUAAUAUAUUUACGGAUACAUAUUACGAAAAAUUUACAGACUGCUUAAACGAAGUAGCAAAAAAAUUCUCGGUAUUGUAUAACGACGCACAAUAUAUCGUGACUAGAGUGGAGGAAGAGCAUUUAUGGGAAUGCAAACAAUUGGGUGCCCAUUCUCCACAUGUUCUGUUAAGCACACUUAUGUUCUUCAAUACGAAACAUUUUAAUCUUGUAACAGUAGAAGAACAUAUGCAACUCUCCUUUUCCCAUAUUAUGAAACAUUGGAAGCGCAAUCCAGCAGCACAACCUACAGCGGUAGCGGGGAAAAUUCCUGGCUCAAGAAACGUCCUUCUGAGAUUUUAUCCACCUCAAUCAGCUCUUGAAGCUAAUUCAAGAAAGAAGAAAGUAUAUGAACAACAAGAAAAUGAAGAGAAUCCAUUAAGAUGUCCUGUUAAGUUAUACGAAUUUUAUCUAUCGAAAUGUCCUGAAAGCGUUAAAACGCGAAAUGAUGUCUUCUACUUAUUACCAGAACGCAGUUGCGUACCAGAUAGUCCAGUAUGGUAUUCGACAUCAUCUCUUGCAAAGGAACAACUCAUUAAAAUGUUAUAUCGUAUUAAAAUGGUUAAAGAAAUUAAUGUAGCUUUAUUAACGAGCUAAUUCAAUUUAUUACAAUGAUCUCUUAUAUUGUUAAGUCAAUAAGUAAAAGUAAGUAGAACUGGUGUCUAUUUUAAUACUUUGACUGCUGGAAAUUUGAAUUUAAUUCCAGACUCUGCAAUGUACGUUCUAACAAUGCUAUGUUUUCUUGAAGUACUAAGUCAUUUCUUAUCAAUGUUUUCAAUUAAAAGCAGUGCUGCCAGAAACCGACAUAAUUUGUUUCGACAAUCGAGAUGCCGAACGCACAGAGACAUGUCGUAUUACAUGUGAUGAUGAGAUCCCGCACCAGGUAAUGGAGGAUCCUGCACCCAGUUUCUGGCAGCACUGAUUAAAAAUAAAGUUUAAUUUGUAUUACAUAUACAAAUUAAUUUGAACAUUUUUGACAUAUAUGCGUUUAUAUAUAAUCCAAUGUUUGUUAUAAUUAUUGAAAUAUGAAUAUGAAUAAUACAAAAUAAGAAUGUAUACAAGAUGUUAAAAUAAUAGAAGAAUAAUUAUUACAAAAAUGGGAUGAUACAGAAAUAUAGGAUUAAACGAGUUUUCCAGUUUCUAUUGUAUAUUUUUCACUUCUUAAUAAAAAAAAAAA